AUGCCCAUCACCAAGUACAAGGCCGCAGCUGUUACCUCGGAGCCAGGAUGGUUCGAUCUCGAGGCCUGUGUCCAGAAGACUGUCAACUUCAUCAACGAAGCCGGACAGGCCGGCUGCAAGCUGGUUGCCUUCCCUGAAGUCUGGAUCCCGGGCUACCCUUACUGGAUGUGGAAGGUCAACUACCUCCAAUCCCUUCCCAUGCUGAAGAAGUACCGCGAGAACUCCCUUCCCGUCGACUCGGAGGAGAUGCGCCGCAUCCGCCGCGCAGCCCGCGAUAACCAGAUCUACGUCUCGCUUGGCUUCUCCGAGAUCGACCACGCCACCCUGUACCUCGCCCAGACCCUCAUCGACCCAGAGGGCAACAUCAUCAACCACCGCCGCAAGAUCAAGCCCACCCACGUCGAGAAGCUCGUCUACGGCGAUGGCUCCGGCGACACCUUCCAGUCCGUCACCGAGACCGAGCUCGGCAGGCUGGGCCAGCUCAACUGCUGGGAGAACAUGAACCCCUUCCUCAAGGCCCUGAACUUGAGCCAGGGGGAGCAGAUCCACAUCGCCGCCUGGCCCGUCUACCCCGGCGUCGAGCGCCAGGUCCACCCGGACCCCGCGACCAACUACGCCGAUACCGCCUCCGACUUCGUCACGCCGGCCUACGCCUACGAGACCGGCACCUGGACCCUCGCACCCUUCCAGCGCCUCAGCGUCGAGGGCCUGAAGAAGACCACCCCCGAGGGCGUCGAGCCUGAGACCGACCCCUCCACAUACAACGGCCACGCCCGUAUCUACCGCCCCGACGGCAGCUUGGUCGUCAAGCCCGACAAGGACUUCGACGGCCUGCUGUUCGUGGAUAUCGACCUGAACGAGACGCACCUGACCAAGGUCCUGGCCGACUUUGCCGGCCACUACAUGCGGCCCGACCUCAUCCGUCUCCUGGUCGACACCCGCAGGAAGGAGCUCGUCACCGAGGCCGACCUGAUGGCGGCAUCGCCACGUACACCACCGCGCACCGCCUGGGCCUCGACAAGCCGCUCGACCCUAAGCCUGAGAGGGAAGGCCAGGGCGUUGCUGGCCGGCGCGAGCCCGCGGCCAAGACCUCCAAGGUGCCGAAUGACCUUUGAGAAAGCCAAUGGGUGCAGGUUCGUAAUGGUGUAG